AGAAAUUGUAGCUAAUGUGACUCCUUUAAAUCGACGAAGCACAACACUACCUAAUACUUACUUGAGUAGCUUGAUUUUGGAUCAGCAGCGCCGCUGUACUUCUCCCGAUCGACAAGAAAUCAAGUAUAUCUAAAAGACUCAGCUCUCACUGGAAAAAAAAGAAAUAUAUUUUCUGCUUUGUUUUUCUCUUCUCUCUCUCGCAACAGAUAAUAAUAACAACAAAGAAAUAAACCCGUGGUGACGGUGCUCCCCUUAUUAUUACUGUUGUUAUUGAAACACACACAGCAAGAAAAGGAGCAACCACGUCCCUCUUUUCCUUUCUUUUCUCUUUUCCUCUCCAUUUUUCUCAGUCGUAAUAGAAAUAAUAACCAAAAACAAUACGGUUUGAAAACUGCAAUUCGAAAGAACACUGCAAAGAGGAACAACAAAGGACACAUUAGUCAUUUUGUGUUUCUCGUUCAAUCUCGUAUUUUUUUUUUCUUGCUCAUUGCGAAGCGGAGAUCCUUUCUUUUCUCUUCUUUUUGCUUUCUCCGACUUCGCCUCGCGUUGCUAAAGUGAAUGCUUUUGCUAUAACACGUUUUAGCUUAACUUUCUUCUUCUCUGUCUUUCUUGAGCCCAUCUCCUUCGCGAGACCACAACACAACAGAAAAAAGAAUCAUCAACGAACGGAGCAGUACGAAACCAGAUCUUAAAAGAACAGUUUUCUGCCUGCUAGUGUAAGUUGGCUCCAUCAUCUCCUCUGUCUCGCCGCGCCUUUCUGUGUGUGUGUGUGCUUUCUUUUAUUCUCUUUUCUUUAGCUGACCUUUUUUUUCUUACUUUAUCGUUUGGUGAACCACAAGCUGACUGCUCUUUCGUGAGGACAAGUAUACAUUUAUACGAAGGGCCGCGAAUAAAGAUUCUCAUUUGCCUUCACCUUUUCUUCUUUGUUGUCUCCGCUUUACUUUCUCACUUUUUUGUGUGUUUUGGUUUGGCUUUACCUCAUCAUUAAGAACCGCCUUCUGUGUGUUUUUUUUUUUGGCACUUCUAUAGGCGUCACCUAAGUAUUUUUUUCUGUCUUGUUCUGCUUUCUCUGACUAUCAAAAGAAGAAGAAAACAAAAGCUGGCACUUUGCGCUCCUCUGCCUCGCUUCUUCUCCGAUUUUUUCUAUUUUUCGGUGCUUUUGUUUUUAAAGCACAUCAACUUUUCCGUAGUUUCUGCCUCCAUCACGAUGUUCAAGUUCGUCUCUUCGAUUGGUGAUGCGGCGUACAAGGCGGCCACGAAGACCGGCCUGGCGGCGGGCUCCGAUCAGCCCCCGUACCCGUGCGCGGUACCGCUGCAGGUGAUUGAAGAUCGCGACGACGUCGAUGCUGUGGAACGCGUGCUGAAUGACUCUUACGCGGCCAUUCAAGACCUCCUUAGCGACGACCUCCCGCUGUUGUGUGGUAGCAUCGCGGACCCGAAGCAGCACAAACCCUUCCACUCGGUGGACUUCACGGAUCACGGUGGCGAUAUUCGUCUCUUCACCCGCCCUCAUGUCGGCACCUACAACUUCGCCCGUGCGACGCUGACGUUAGACGGCAUCUCGCCCCCGCAGAUUCUCCGCCACAUGCACGCGCAGAACCUGAAGGAUCGCAACCGCUACUCGACCAACCUCUACCAGUACGAAGUCAUCACCCGUAACCCGGAGCUGCCGGCGCAGUGGGUCGGCAACGACGACGAUCACUUGGAAGAGAUCGCCCAGAUGGGCCUUCGCGACUGGCACGUAGAGUACAACCGCUACACCGCCCCACCCCCGGUUGCAGCGCGCGACUUUAUCUACCUCGUUGAGAAGCGCUACGUGCCGGAGCAGCAGAGCUACUACAUCUACGGCACCAGCGUCGACUUCCGCGACACCGCAGGCGUCAAGAUCGAAAACGAUAAAUGCGUGCGCGGGGCCGUCAUGUUUGGCUGGCGGCUGAAGAUGAUGGGGCCGAAGACGUACUGCACGUAUGUCUCAUGCAUGAGUCCCAACGGGUGGGCACCGACGUUCAUUGUAGGCUGGAUGAAGACGGAAAUCGCGAAGGAGUUCCAGAACUCGCGUCGUCUUCUCUACCAGGACGUGCCGCGCUCGCAGAACGCCGAUGCCGCCUUCCACGCCAAAGCGCAGCCGGAGGCGAGCUUCAGCGCGGCGAUCAACGGUGUGCACAACAACGCACUGUCAAGCGAUAGCUCGAGCACGCAGUCGUCCCGAAACGGUACAGGCCUAGCUAUGGAGAAGGAGGAGCGCCGCUUGCUUGUGGAAGAGGACCCGAUCGUGUUCGAGUAG